AUGUUUGCAUCAUUAAUACAAUUUAUUUAUGCUAAUAAUCGUUUUAUACGUACAGAAUUUGUAUCAAAUCAAUCGAUUGGUGAUGUUUUAGCAUUUCAUACAUUAUCGUAUGCAUUAAGAGAUAUGGUUGAAGCAACAACUGAUUUAGCGAAAAAUGAUCGACGUAUUAAACAUAUUCAUACACGAACAUUAAUACAAACAGAACGAGAAGAAAAUAUUCCACAACAACAGACAACCUAA